AUGCAAAGAGCUGGACUGGACUGGUGGCUAGCCCAGGCAAUAUUAUGCAGGCUGAUUGGUGGGUUAUAUUAUAGAAGAUUGCUUUUACAAAUAUAUAAUUUGCAAUCAUCAAAUAUGUCGAUAUUGCAUAAUCGGUUGGGCAUUAUUGUUCAAUUACAGUAUCCCUCGUCUCUCUGGAAGUCCUUGUCAGAAAAGAGCACACCUUAACAAAGUAUGGCCUUGAUCCCCUGGCCCGAAAUGUGAACGGGAGUACUGUACUAGUCAAUCGAAUAGACCCGAACUCCCCGAUUUGGAUGGAUGUUGAUUAUAAGCAGGUAUGGCGUCAUAAUUACGCAACUUAUGACUUUUUGACGGCUUCAGAGUACCGCUGUUUAUGUCGAGAAUUUAUUGAGGAGUGCCAACGAGGAGAUAAGACUUAUCUCAUUGAAUUCAUCAAAAUAUUUGGGUGUAAUAAAAAGGGAUGUGGCCAUCGGUGAAGAGAUGAUUACAUCUUUGGCUGUGGAUUGGAUCACGAACAAGUUAUACAUUUCGUUCGAAGCAAGUUCUCCUAGAAAUUUGGGAAAAAUUGAGGGUAAGAGGAUCCCGAAUAAUAUAAAAUCACAUUCAGCGUGCCCAUUGUAUUCGAAUAACUAUUGUUUUCUGAUCGUAGACAAAGAUCUGGACAGUCUCCAUUCCUUGGUUUUGGACCCUUUGGAAGGGUAUAUGUACUGGUUAAAUCGAGUCCAUAAAAGGAUCGAGAGAGCCUGGAUGAAUGGGAAACAUCUCGACAAGCAUCCUUUCCAAUCAGACAUAUCCGAAGACGAGAUCUCUGUUACAACUUCACUUACUUUGGACUCGAUCAACAAACAGAUCUAUUAUGUUAGACAUCGAGCGAGCAGAGAAAGAGCAGAGAUCAUUUUUUGCGACAUCCAUAAUCGAGAAUCAUGCAGGAUUCUGAUGGAAAAUGUGAAUGCUUUUUAUCUGGGAGUUGUAAAAGUAAGAAACUCUGAAAGUGAAUUGAUUUUUCAGAAUCUAAUAUUCUGGACUCCCAUCUCAACAAACGAAGGAUUCAGAUUCUGCGACAAGGAAUCGUGUGGGAGCAGGCAAUGGGCGAUCCAAGGAACUCAGGGACUCCAUUCAUUUCAAUUAAUCGACCAGUCAAUUCAACCCAAUAGUAAGUUUGCAAACCCUGGUUGGAUUUAUUUCCAGGAACGUUGAAUCCUUGCGACGUCAGGAACGGAGGCUGCAGUCAUUUUUGUCUUCUGAUUCCGGGCGUUCCUUGGAGAGCUUGUGCUUGCCCGAUUGGAAUUCGAUUGCUGGAAGAUGGACUAAACUGUGAUGGAAACGGAAUCCAGAAUCUUUUAUUUGUAGGGUCAGAAGCGGGUCUAUUUUAUAUUAGUCUUGACACUGAGGAAUUUGUUCCGAAAAGAAUGAAUUGGAAGAAUAAUCGGACUGAAGACUCGAGGAUUACCUCCAUCGACUAUAGUCAUCAGGAUCAUAAGGUUUAUUGGUUGGAUAAAGAGAGUAGUCAGAUUAGGAGGGCCCGUCUUUAUGAUAAUCAAUAUGAAGUAAGUCAUCGAAAUUUUUAAGUUAUUCUCAGGUGUUGCCGUUGUCACCGGAUCAAGUCAAAUUUAUCGAUGGAAUAAUCGUUGACUCGGCUGGCCAGAACCUUAUUUGGCUCGAUUCCUUCAAUGGCCGCAUUGAACUGGUCCACCUUGGUGACAGAACAGAAAAUUAUCAUGUCCAAGUCAUCUUAUCCAAAGAUUUAUUUCGUCCCAAAUCGCUGGUUCUCUCUCAAAAUCAUUUAUUUUAUAUAAAUCAUUGGAAUAAUGAAGAAAGGAUCGAGAGAAUAUGGAUGGAUGGGACUCAUCGCUCUAUACUCUACAGAACCUUAGCUCCGGCAUCCAUUUCAGCGUUAUGCGUAGAUCCAAUUGAGAGGAAAAUCUACUUUACUGAUAAGGAAAAGUCGACUUUAUCGAGUAUUGAAUGGAAUGGAGAAGAUGAGAGGGUGCUGGCGGAAGACCUUAAACAUCCACACCAGAUGUCCAAGGUGGGACCAACUUUGUUUUUGAACUCGUUGGCUGGAAGAUCAGUGAUCAGAUUAAGGAUGUUUGAAAAUAGGAUAACAAGAUCUGAAUUGGGGCAGUCCAUUUAUGGGCAGAUGGCACUUAAAGGAGUUGCACUAACGGAGGAAAAGAAAUAUAACGAGGAAUGCAGAGAGUGCGGACACAUUUGUCUGGAAUUGUAAGCGAUUCUCAUAUAUAUGUGUGUGUAUUGCUUUAGUGUUUUUAUUCUAAUACAAGAGUUUUUUUAGACCAACUAACACUGUAAGAUGUUUAUGUGGAGAUGGUUUUGAGCUAAGCGUGGAUAAAAAACACUGCUCCAGAAUAAAAUCUUUUAUUCUUUUGUCAUCAUCAAAUAUUCACGGUCUCUUUCGACUGUCUGCUAGGAAUUCUGAAGACAGAGCAUCUCUUUUGCCUCUUCAGAAUAUUGGCAACAUCAAGUCGUUGACCUAUGACACCAAAAGAAAUCAAUUAUACCUGAUUUCGGAUCAUCUUGAAAAGAAAAACUCAAAUUUUCAACUAACUUUAUUCGAUUUAAAUAAGAAUCAAGGACGGAUUCUGAUGGAUUCGAGGGAUUUGAGAUUCAUUUCGAAUAUGAUUUUGGAUGAAAAUACUCAAAAUAUUUUUUGGCAAGUUACAUAAAAAAUAUUUUUUAUUAUUUUAGGGUGAAUACAUUACUGAAAAGAAUUGAAGUCUUCAAUCCCCGAAAUCACGUUCGAUUAUCAUUAGUGUGGAAGGAAAUAGAACCCCUAGAUAUUACUCUUGACUUACGCAGUAAUCUUCUCAUCUAUUCAAAUAGCUACGGCGAUUGUUUUAAGAUCAUGGUAAGUCUUUAAUUUUGAUGACAAUUUUAUUUCCAGAAACUCUUCCUCAAUAAUCCCCGAGCUAUUCCGGUUACUGUAAUCGAAAUGCCCGAUCCAAUAACUGCUCUUUCGUUGGAUAAAAAGACAGGGUUUAUUGUAUUCAGCAUGUCCAAGGAAGUAUAUUCUGUUGGUUUGAAUGGCCAAGAUCUCAAAAAAUUGUUCAAAUCAGCCAGUGAAAUUAACAAAAUUUCAAUGCAUCAGUCGUUUACGUACUUCCACAACCGUACUGAUAACACUCUUCGAAGAUUUGAUUUGUCUCGAAAGAUUACCGAUGUUGUUCAUGAAGAUGUAAAAGAUGUUAAUAUCCUCUCUGUAGUCAGCUUAGAAGACGGGAAAAUACAAAAAUCGGAGGAUCUCUUACAAUGCGAAUUGGAAUCAGAAUCCAAAAAUUGCAUUUGUCUGAAAGAAAAAGAUAAAUUCGAAUGUAAAUGUGGAGAUCAGUACGAAUAUGAUGACAUAACAGACGAAUGUGUUGGUAAGCACCUUGAAGAAUAUAAAUACUUUCAGAACCCUUUAAAUUUGUUCUUCUCUCCGUGAAAGACUAUUUUCUUCGGUUCAAAAUCCGGGAUGACACAAAAACGGAUGAGGCUGAUGACAAAUCUCCAUUCACAUUACUCUCUAUCGAUAAUGUUGGCCAACCCUUGGCCAUUGCGUUUGAUUUAUAUUCCAAGAACAGAUACAUCUAUUGGAUCGAUGGUUUUGACAGAAAUGGCGCGGAUCUGAAGAGAUCUUCUGAUAUAAUUCGACAACAGCACACUUCACACCUCAAUUUAAACAAGGACUCCAAUUGUUCCCAAUUAUUUGAUGUUGUUGUGGAUUACAUCGGCAGACAGUUGUUUGUUUCUUGUAUUCAUGACAGAAAUGAUCCUGCUUCUUAUAUUCAUUUGUGGAAGAUUAAAGUAAGCAAAACUACAGUAAUCUAAUUGAAUAUUCAGGAGAAUGAUGAGCUUCAAUACAUUGGGAAAGUGGUCGAUGGAUCAACAAGGUCUCCCAUUACUCAUUUACUCCCCGCGCCGAGAAAAAUUGCGGUUUUUAACAGGUUAAAGUAAGAAUUUACUUAUCUGACGAUAUAAUUAUUGUGCAGAAUCUUUUUUUACACCGAUGAAAAUCCCGAAUUGGAGCAUCCAAUCGUCGUCCGCUGUAAUCUGGAUGGCCGAAAUUGUCAGCCAGCUGUAACGGAAGGUCUAAAUUUCCAUCAAAUAAGAUUGCAAAGUGAUCUCACUACGUAUUCUUUUCUCUAUACUGCUGCCGAUGGGAUCUGGUCUAAGGAUGUCUACCUUGAGCAUGAUCUCCAACAUCAUCUCAAUACGAGAUCUCACAAUUCAGCCCAAAUAUCUUCGAUUGCGCCUUUGAAUGAUAAGACUAUUCUUUUUACAGCCUCGUCUUUCUCCAAAUACGAUGAAAAUAUAUAUAUUUUACAUAAGAAUUCUUCUAUGACGUCAUUUGGUUCAAUCAAGGCAGUCGAUUGGAUUCAAAAUCUCGACAAAUUCGGGAAAGGAAAGAUGAAUUUGUUGACUGUGGGCAAUCAAAACACCCUGAAUGAGCCGUUCGAAUGGGAAAUCAACACGAAUCCUUGCUCCAGCCAAUCCUGUUCUCAUAUUUGCACUCUACAAUACAAUCAACGGAGUGAUAAUCGAUGGAGUUACGGGUGUUUGUGCCCGUUGGGGUACAGUAAGAUUAAACAAAAGUAAGCUUAAAAUAGAAUUAACUAUAUCGGUUGAAGCAACAAUGUUUGUGAAGCAAAUUUAAUCUGCAAACAUUGGGAAUUCCCUUGUCAAAAUGGCCAACAAUGUAUCCACAUCUCGAAGAAAUGUGACGGAUGGAAUGAUUGCAAUGAUCAGAGUGAUGAAAGCCCCUUAAAAUGUAAUGCCAAAAAGUCUAGCAACAUCUCCAUGGACUGGGUUUGUGAUGACCGACAAGGCUCGAUCAAGAAACACAAGGUAAUCAAUUUUCUAGAUUAUUCAUCAUUUAAGUGUAUAAGAUCCAAACAUAUUUAGUUAUGCGACGGUCACUCCGAUUGUUCCGAUGGUUCGGAUGAAGUGUACUGUAGAUGUUCUGAGCCUUCGAAACAGUUCGAUUGUAUGCUAUGGACCUAUUCUCAUACCACAAUGGACGAUGGAUGUAUAUCGAGAUCAACGAUAUGUGAUGGAAAGAAAGAUUGCAUCAAUGGAGUCGACGAGAGUAGACAAGUAAGAGGACCACUGUAACUGUCACCCUUUUAGUUGUGCAAUCUUCUGACAUCGGAACCACCAUCGUUAUUGGAAUUACUGUCCAAAGGACGAGGUUCAUUGCUGUUGAUGCUCGCUGCAAUCGUCUUCUUCAUAAUGGUCGUACUGUGCAUUACUUGUUUUGUUUAUAAAAGAGAAUGGAGUAGUCGAAGAUACGAUCGAAAUGGGACAAGACAAGUGUUAUUAGGACCUUCUCAACAUAAUACCGAUGCCAAAUUGGUCCUCUCUCACCACAAUCAAACAAGCAUGGUGGAGGUAUGCAGUCAAUAUAUAUGUUAUACAUAACGUCAUUUAUAUCUGAUUAAGUAAUGUUUUAGGUGGCUCUCCGAACCUUUUCUCCCUCAAAUCAAGUCCCCAUCUACUCCCCACCCAUCCAAUCUUGUACCCUGAGGCCAUAUCAUCAUCCUCCGGCCCACCAGCCAUCUCUUCAUUACCGAACUCUUCCAAGACAUAUCCCAACUCAUGUCAAUUCAUACGAAAUGGAACCUUUAUAUUAUGGAGUCCGAAGUGGAGCGGGGGAAGAUCUGGCCACACUGGUUCCAGCCUCGGCCUCUUCGAUCACAGGAGUCAGUUCCGGCCUUCUUCCUCCACCUCAGUUUGUAUAUGACCGGCGAUUCUAUGCACCUCCACCCUCAGCCGCCAGUCUUUCCACAUACGGCGUUGUCAAAGCAGCUGAUAUUAGACCAAAUUAUGAGAUAAACAAUAGUGGAGCGACUCAGGCAUCCACUAGUACUCGACCCCAAAGAUCAAAAAGGAGGACGAGGAAGAAGAAUUUGAGGAAUGCGGGGAAUAAGAAAUCAUCCACUUCCAGGGAUCCCCCACCACCUUAUUCAUCAACGAGUGAUGAAGACUAA